AUGAUCGAGGUGGUGCUGAACAACUGCCUGGGGAACAAGGUGUGCGUCAAGUGCAACGAGGACGACACGAUCGGCUACCUGAAGCGGCUGGUGGCGGCGCAGACGGUGAUGCGCGCCGACAAGAUCCAGAUCCAGAAGUGGUACACCAUCUACAAGGACCACAUCACCCUCGCCGACUACGAGAUCCACGACGGCAUGGACCUCGAGCUCUACUACAACUAG